CGAGCCUGAAAUGCCUGACGGACGCUGCUCCUGCCUCAGUCCGUUCAAGUUUGCCGCCGUUUUCCGGGGAAAAGUGCAUACCACGUGACUGAUAAGAUGUCACGAUAAGCCGGAAGGAGUCUAGCGCGGGGUGGUUUUUCCCACCCUCCGUCAACGGAGCAGAAAGAUUCAUUUUUGACCCAAGUCGAGCAGCUCAAACGCCUCCUUCAGUCUGUUGAACUCACUCAUUAGAGGUGUGUCUGUGACACCUCUUUCAUAGAGGACACUCUCCUGUUCUCUCACCAAUUUAGUCAACUCCACCCUAUCCUUUCCCUUCCUCCCGCCACCCCGCCUCUCUCUACUUCCCUCUCCCGCCGACCGAGUGAGUCACUCUGCACCACCUCAAAAUGGCCUCCAACUCAACCUACCUGGCCAUUCCUGGCUCUGUCGCCUUCUCCCACUCUCGCGGACGUGCAGUGGCUGCUAGUAUCGGAGCUCAUGAUGUCCGUGCUCAAUGGAUCCAUUAUGUCCACCUUUCCCAGCCAUUGGACGAACCCCAGCGGGCGGUAUUGGAGCAGCUCCUCCGCUAUGGUGAUAUUACCGACAUUCCUCCUACAUUCACCGCUGAAGACGGCUCGUUCGAUGUAUUCCACGUCUUCCCCCGUACGGGUACAAUCUCUCCCUGGAGUUCCCAGGCCACCGGUAUCUCUCACGUCUGCGGCUUACGCCAGUACGUGAAGCGCAUUGAGCGGGGUAUGAAGUUCUCCUGCCUGCGCACCGAAAACAGCGAAUACAAGGAUGGCUUCCAGGAUGUUCUCCAUGACCGCAUGACUCAGAUCAUGAGCGAGAAUGAACCGGAUCUUCACCUGAUGUUUUCCGAGCAUAGCCCUCGGCCCCUCGAGACUAUCCCUCUUCACGGCAGCAGCAAGUCCCCCAAGGAGGUCCUUCAGGAGGCAAACAAGAGACUGGGACUGGCAUUGGAAGAGUCGGAAAUCGAGUAUCUGGCCGAUGCUUACGGUCCUAAUGGCCCUCUUGCUCGCGACCCUACCGACGUUGAGCUGUUCAUGUUUGCCCAGGUCAACUCUGAACACUGCCGUCACAAGCAAUUCAACGCGUCCUGGGUCAUUGACGGAAAGCAAAUGCCCAACAGUCUCUUCUCCAUGAUCCGCAACACACACAAGAAGAACCCGGAAUACACCGUAAGCGCCUACAGCGAUAACGCCGCCGUCCUCGAGGGAGAUCACUCCGCUUUCUGGGCUCCCAACACGGCCACCGGGGAAUGGGGCCACACGAAGGAACAGGUCCACUUCCUGGCCAAGGUCGAAACUCACAACCACCCUACCGCCGUCUCACCCUACCCCGGUGCGGCGACCGGGUCCGGUGGAGAAAUCCGUGACGAGGGUGCCGUCGGCCGGGGGUCCAAGCCCAAGGCUGGUCUCGCUGGUUACUGUGUCUCUGACCUCAACAUCCCUGGCUUGAAACAGCCCUGGGAGCUGGAUGUUGGCAAGCCCAACCACAUUGCCAGCAGUCUGGACAUUAUGUUGGAAGCCCCUAUUGGAAGCGCAGCUUUCAACAAUGAAUUCGGACGUCCUUGCAUUUCGGGAUACUUCCGUACUCUGCUGACUGAAAUCGAUGUUGGCAAUGGCCAAACUGAGGUUCGCGGUUACCACAAGCCUAUCAUGAUUGCUGGUGGUGUCGGAACUGUCAGACCCCAGCAUGCCAUCAAGAAGCCCGAGGUUGUCAAGCCUGGUGCCUACCUGGUUGUUCUGGGUGGACCUGCUAUGCUCAUCGGCUUGGGUGGAGGCGCUGCCUCUAGUAUCACUUCCGGUGAAGGAUCGGCAGAUCUUGACUUCGCUAGUGUCCAGCGUGGUAACGCUGAAGUUCAGCGGAGAGCGCAAGAGGUGAUCAACGCCUGUACUUCUAUGGGCGAUGCCAACCCCAUCAAGUUCAUCCACGACGUUGGAGCCGGUGGACUUUCCAAUGCCCUUCCUGAGCUCAUCCACGACUCCGGUUUGGGUGCCACUUUCGAGCUUCGUGAGAUUGACAGUGCCGAUAAGAGUAUGAGCCCCAUGCAGAUUUGGUGCUGUGAAGCCCAGGAGAGAUACGUUCUGGCUGUUGGCGAGGAGAGCAUGAACAAGUUCACUGCCAUUGCGAACCGUGAGCGCUGCGGUUUCUCCGUUGUCGGACGUGGUGGUGGCACAUCUGAGGAGGAAAAGAGGCUCAUUCUUCUGGACCGUGAGUCCACUGAGUACCCCAAGCCUAUCGAUCUGCCGUUGUCUGUCCUUUUCGGCAAGCCUCCUAAGAUGACUCGGGUUGUUGACUCCCGCAAGUUGACCCUACCCGCGGUGGAUGCUAGCCUUGCCACAUACUUGCCGUCCCUCGCAACCAACCCUCUUGAGCUCCUUGGAGAGGCCGCCAAGAGAGUUCUCUCCCUUCCUGCUGUCGGUUCCAAGUCUUUCCUCAUCACCAUUGGUGACCGGACAGUCGGUGGUCUCACUGCUCGGGAUCAGAUGGUCGGCAAGUGGCAGACUCCUGUGGCUGACGUCGCUGUCACUGCCACCGCCCUGGUCCAGGGUGUCAAGUCCGGUGAGGCCAUGGCCAUGGGCGAGAAGCCCGCACUGGCCCUCAUCUCUCCGGCUGCUUCAGCCCGCAUGGCUGUUGCGGAGUCCCUCAUGAACAUUGCUGCUGCCGACCUUGUUGAUCGGCUGAGCCGCGUCAAGCUUUCCGCCAACUGGAUGUCUGCCAGCAGCCAUCCUGGCGAAGGCGCUGCCAUCUACGAGGCCGUGGAGGCUAUUGGUAUGGAACUUUGCCCCAAGCUUGGCAUCAGUAUCCCAGUUGGCAAGGACUCUAUGUCCAUGAAGAUGAAGUGGAAGGAUGAGGCUUCCCAAGAAGCCAAAGAAGUCACUGCCCCCAUGUCUCUUGUCAUCUCUGCUUUCGCGCCCGUUGGCAACUUCCGCAAGACCUGGACCCCGGCCCUGCGUCGUCUCGAGGAUGUUGGUGAGACUGUCCUGAUGUUUGUCGACCUGUCCUUUGGUCGCAAGGCUCUGGGUGGUUCCGCUCUCGCCCAGGUCUUCAACCAGAUCGGAGAUGAAUGCCCCGACAUUCGUGACAUCGAGAUUUUCAGAGACUUCUUCGAUGCCACUCAGCAGCUGCAGGAGGCGGGCAUCGUUCUCGCCUACCACGACCGCUCCGAUGGUGGUCUGUUCACCACCCUGGCCGAGAUGAUGUUCGCUGGCCGCUGCGGUGUUGAGAUUAUGCUUGACAACAUCUGCGCUAGUUCCAGCACCAAGGACGUUGUGGAGACCCUGUUCAACGAGGAACUGGGUGCUGUCUUCCAAGUCCGCAAGGAGCAUGAGAUCCAAUUCCGUUCUUGCUUCGCCACCUGCGGGCCCCCUGCUGGCUUAAUUCACAAGAUUGGUCGCGUUUCUGAGAAGUCCAAGCAGAACCUCACUAUCUACCACAAGCACACCUUGGUCCACCGUAACAGCCGUGCCAACCUCCAGCAGACCUGGACCGCCACCUCCUACCACAUGCAGAAGAUGCGUGACAAUGCUGCUUGCGCUGAUCAAGAGUAUGCCAACAUCCUUGAUGAUGCCGAUCCUGGUCUGUCUUGGAAGCCGACUUUCGACCCCAAGGACAAGGCUAUGCCUCUCUUGACCAGCCUGACCCAAAUGUCGCCCUUCAGCAACAAGCCUCGCGUCGCCAUUCUUCGUGAGCAGGGUGUCAACAGUCAGGCUGAGAUGGCGUUCGCCUUCAACAUGGCUGGUUUCUCUGCCGUUGAUGUUCACAUGACGGACGUCAUCUCCGGCCGCGUCUCCCUGUCCAGCUUUGUUGGUCUUGCCGCCUGCGGUGGUUUCUCCUACGGUGACGUUCUUGGUGCCGGUCAAGGUUGGGCCAAGUCUGUCCUGCUGCACGACAACACCCGCAACGAGUUCCAGUCCUUCUUCCAGCGCCCUGACACUUUUGCUCUGGGUGUCUGCAAUGGUUGCCAGUUCCUUUCCCGUCUCAAGGAGUUGAUUCCUGGCGCCCAGAACUGGCCCAGCUUCGAGCGCAAUGCCAGCGAACAGUACGAGGGACGUGUGGCCUUGGUCCGCAUCUCCGACUCCGACCCAUCCCGGCCCAGCGUCUUCCUCCACGGCAUGGAUGGCUCUUCCCUUCCCAUCGCCGUUGCUCACGGAGAGGGUCGCGCCUCGUUCGCUCCUGCUUCCGGCACCACCGCUCAGUCCUUUGUCAGCGAGGGUCUGGCUCCCGUCCGCUACGUGGACAACGCCACCCUCAAGCCUACGAUGAAGUACCCUGCCAACCCCAACGGCAGUCCCGAGGGUAUCGCCGGUGUUCGCAGUGCUGACGGUCGUGUGCUGGCCAUCAUGCCUCACCCCGAACGUACGGUGCUGGGCGGCAUUGCCAGCUACUUGCCUCCUAACGCUGAAGAGUGGGGCGACAUCGGCCCAUGGGGUCGUGUCUUCCUCAGCGCCAGAAGAUGGGUUGGUUAAACAUUGGACGAAAAACUUUCUGUCUUGUUUAUUUGACCGAGUCUGGUUACAACAAGAUGAGCAGUUUUGGAAGAUGAGAAAAACAAAUAAAAUGUUACGGCGCAUGUCUCGAGUCCUUUAUAAUGAAUGAUAUAAAUACAACAUCAAGGCCUAUCUUUUUUAUUUCUACCUUUGGGUCUGAUACUUCAUGAUGAGAUGUGUAAAAAAAAUAUGAGUGGUUGAUAGUUUACCUGGCUGGAUUGAUCUAGGACUGUGCACAGCAAGAACACAGAAUGUGAAUACA